AUGGGCGAGAUCGACAGCAUGGACAAGCUCGACGCCGCGCUCGCCUCCUCCGCCGAGCAAAACCAGCCCAUCAUCAUCGACUGGAUGGCCAGCUGGUGCCGGAAAUGCAUUUACCUCAAGCCCAAGCUGGAGAAGAUAGCAGGAGAAUUUCCAGGAGUCAGGUUCUACUUUGUGGAUGUCAAUAAAGUUCCACAGGCCGUGGUGAAAAGAGGGAAUAUAAGCAAAAUGCCCACAAUUCAGUUGUGGAAGGAUGGAGAAUGGAAGGAGGAAGUGAUAGGAGGCCACAAAGCGUGGCUGGUGAUGGAUGAGCACGAAGAAGACGAAAACAGCGAAGGCGAGGGCGAGGGCGAGUCGUCGUCGGUGCCGACGGGGACGUCGGAGAGCGGCGCCAGGACGCGGCGCACGCUCAUGGACCGCAUGGGCCGGAAGCUGAGGGACCGGAGCCUCUUGCUCUUGGAGAAGACGUCGGAGGAGUUGGUGAGGAUGAGGUACACCAGCCCCUGCACGAGCAGGAACACCGCCACCUUGGCCAGCACGUCGCGCAGCUCCGGCGAGAUGAGCGCCUCCCCCAUCAUGGUCACCGGCGGCGAGGGGUCGAUCGAUCAAUCACUCAACCAAAGUGUCUGCCAAACGAGAUCCCUUGUGGCUGAUGAUGAGGCUGUGAUUGUGUAUCGAUGA